UCUUCGCAUUGUGUUCGCCUUCCUUGCGAAUUUUCUACCUUGAUUUUUCUCUUCGAUCCCUGCCUCCUUACUCUCUGUGAUCGUAGCGAUGGCGCCGAAGGCCGAUAAGAAGCCAGCAGAGAAGAAGCCGGCGUCAGAAAAGCCGGCGGAGGAGAAGAAGACGGUGGCCGAGAAGGCUCCUGCAGAGAAGAAGCCAAAGGCCGAGAAGCGCCUCCCUAAAGAAGGCGCUGCCGCCGGCGACAAGAAGAAGAAGAAGAAGAUGAAGAAGAGCAGUGAGACCUAUAAGAUUUACAUUUUCAAGGUUCUGAAGCAGGUCCACCCUGAUAUCGGGAUCUCGAGCAAGGCCAUGGGUAUAAUGAAUUCCUUCAUUAACGACAUCUUCGAGAAGCUUGCUCAGGAAGCCUCCCGUCUUGCUCGAUACAACAAGAAGCCGACGAUUACUUCCCGGGAGAUCCAGACCUCCGUCCGGCUGGUCCUUCCUGGAGAGCUCGCCAAGCACGCCGUCUCUGAAGGGACCAAGGCCGUGACUAAAUUCACGAGUUCUUGAAUGGCGGCGACCGAUUUGGGGAAAUAUUGUAGCUUUUGGGUUGUUAGGUUUAGGUAUUAGUGUUCUUUGAUUUUUCUUUUUUCUUUUUCGUUGUCGAUGGGUUUUGAGGGUAAAUUGGGGGGUAACUCUUGUGUACAUUUGGAAACUGUUUAAUUUGGCUUAAUGAUUAAGAUGCGCUUCCGCUUUCGCUA